AUUUCCUUACCACUUUUUUUUUUGAGCGUAUAAAAAAGCAAAAAAUACAAAAAGAAAAAAAAUAAAAAAAUCUGUUUGUUUCGCGGGAAAGUAAAAUGGCAAUGACUAUUCGCAUCACUGAGGAACCGAUUCUUCCUAGGCUUGAUCGUUUGGACAACAUGUUGAGGCAGUUGGAGGAAAUUAGAGGGUGCAACAGAUCAUCAUCGUCACCAAAGAGUUCUUAUGCGUCCACACCAUCAAGUGGGACUCUCACUAGCACCGAUGGACACUUGUCGUCUCUUGAUUUCUCUCCCAAGAGUAUAGAGAAGCAUUGCCGUCCGAUUGACCAUGUGAUCAUGGAGACAGGAGUUAAAGGAACACUUAUUGAGAGGCUUGAUCAUGUGGAGGAUCGAGUUCUAAAGCUUUGCUUACAGAUGGAGGAGGAAUUGGAGGCAGAGAAAAAGAGGGAAGAGACUGAGAAGAAGGAACGUAACAAGAAAGGACUGAAACAGCUUGUUAAGCAAUGUCUGAAGGGAAAAAGAAAGCAUAAAACUACAGAGUGAUUUGUAAUUUUAUUUUAUUUUUUGUGAGGAAAAAAAAAAGUUUUGUAAUGUAAAUGUGUGAAAGGAAAAAGAAAGCAUAAAACUAAGAGUGAUUUGUAAUUUUAUUUUAUUUUUUGUGAGGAAAAAAAGCAUAAAACUAAGAGUGAUUUGUAAUUUUAUUUUAUUUUUUGUGAGGAAAAAAAAAAUAUUGUAAUGUAAAUUUUCAACAAAAAGGAGCUUCACAAGAGAAUAAGGUCGGCUUGUGAAAAUGUCUUUGCCUUC